GCGCCGCCGCGGGCCCCUGGGCCGCCUGGAUGCCGCCGACGGUGGUGGGGCUGGAGGACGGGUGCGCGCUGGUGCCGUGCCGCUUCGACUACCCCGAGGAGCUGCGCCCGGGCGCCGUGCACGGGCUCUGGUACUUCGGCAGCCCCUACCCCAAGAGCUACCCGCCGGUGGUGGCCCGCUCGCGGCCCGGCGGCGCCGUGCACGAGAGCUUCGCCGGGCGCGCCCGCCUCGUGGGCCCGCUGCGCGCCCGCGACUGCUCCCUGCUCCUCACCGGCCUCAGCGCCGAGCUCGCCGGGCGCUACUACUUCCGCGGCGACCUCGGCGGCUACAACCAGUACACCUUCUCCGAGCACGCCACGCUGGAGGUCACCGCGGAGCCCAGGCUGGAGCUGCCGGCGGAGCCGCUGGCCGGGGCCGAGGCGGAGGCUCGGUGCCGCGUGCCCGACACCUGCCCGGGCCUGGGGCCGCCGGCGGUGACGUGGGCCGGCGCCGAGGGGGCUGCCGGAGGCGGCGGAGCGGCCGCUGCGCCGGGACGAGGGCGAGGAGGAGGAGGAGGAGGAGGAGGGGCCGCCGGAGCCCUGGACGUGCACUCGGCGGCCGAGGUGGAGGCGGUGUCGGUGUGCCAGCAGUGUCAGGGUGUCAGUGUCGGGGUGUCAGUGUCAGGGUGUCGGCGUCCGGGUGACGGCGUCAGGCUGACGCCCCCGUCCCCGGUGCCCCCUGCAGCGGCGGCCGAGGUGGAGGCGGUGUCAGGGUCUCAGUCGGCGGCCGAGGUGGAGGCGGUGUCAGGGUCUCAGUGUCGGGGUGUCGGUGUCGGGGUGUCGGUGUCGGGGUGUCGGCGUCCGGGUGACGGCGUCAGGCUGACGCCCCCGUCCCCCGUGCCCCCCGCAGCGGCGGCCGAGGUGGAGGCGGUGUCAGGGUUGGCGGCCGAGGUGGAGGCGGUGUCAGGGUGUCGGUGUCAGGGUGUUGGGGUGUCGGUGUCGGGGUGUCGGCGUCCGGCGGCGGCCGAGGUGGAGGCGGUGUCAGGGUGUCGGUGUCAGGGUGUCGGGGUGUCGGUGUCAGGGUGUCGGCGUCCGGGUGACGGCGUCAGGCUGACGCCCCCAUCUCCGGUGUCCCGCAGCGGCGGCCGAGCGGCGGCCGAGGUGGAGGCGGUGUCGGGGCCGGCGGCGGCGCGCGAGGCCGAGGCGGCGGAGCUGGCGUGCGCCGCCCGGGGCCGCCCGCCGCCGCGCCUCGCCUGGCUCCGGGCCGGGCGGGUGCUGGCCCAGGCCGAGGGCGCCGGGCGGCUCCCGCUGCGGCUCCCGCGCCUCGGGCCCGCCCAGGCCGGCGCCUACGUCUGCGCCGCCGAGAACCGCCACGGCCGCCACAACCGCUCGCUCGAGCUGCGCGUGCUCUACGCCCCGCGGCUGCCGGUGCUGUCGGCGCCGGCGGCGGUGGCGGCCGGGGAGCCGCUGGCGGUGACGUGCGAGGCCGAGGGCGACCCGGCGCCGGCGCUGCGGCUGCUCAAGGACGGCCGGGUGCUGGCGGCGGCGCCGGGAGCCGACGCCGGAGCCGACGCCGGAGCCGGAGCCGGAGCCGGUGCCGGAGGCGGCGUCCGAGCCGCGGCCGCCCUGCGCCUCGCCGCCGCCCGGCCCCCCGACGCCGGCGAGUACCGGUGCGUCGCCGAGAACCCGCUGGGGCGGCGCGAGGCCGCCCGCAACGUCACCGUGGAGUUCGCGCCGGUGGUGCUGCCGGAGUCGCGGUGCACGGCGGCGGCCGAGGCGGUGCGGUGCGUGUGCGCCGCCGCCGCCAGCCCGCCGCCCGCCGUCGCCUUCGAGCUGCCGAGCCGCAACGCGACGCUGGGGCCCGGCGCCGGCGCCUUCGCCCCGGGGCCCCGCGCCGGCCUCACCGUCACGGGGCUCCUCACGCUGCGCGGCGCCCUCGAGCCCCGGCUCGCCGUCGUCUGCGCCGCCCGCAACGCCCGCGGCGCCGCCGCCCGCGCCCUCCGCUUCCACCACCCCGACGGGCUGGUGUGGGCCAAGGUGGGGCCCGUGGGGGCCGUCGUGGCCUUCGCCGUCGUCAUCGCCGUCGUCUGCUACGUCAGCCAGAGCCGCCGCAAGAAGGCGACGGGGAGCCCCGAGGGGGGCCCGGCCCCUCCCCCGCCCGGCGGAGACCCCCGGGACGGCCAGCCGGAGCGCCGCGCCGCCCCCCCGGAGCCCCCCGAGUACGCCGAGAUCCGCCUGCCCUGACCACGCCCCCUCCCGCCGCCAGGCCACGCCCCCCUCCGCCGCCAGGCCACGCCCCCCUCCCGCCGCCAGGCCACGCCCCCCUCCCAGCACCUCCCUCCCGGGGGAGGCGGGAGAGGAGGAAGGGGGGGGGCAGCGAGGGGAGGCUCCGCCCCCUCCCCGCGCCGAGGCCCCGCCCCCCCGAAACAGGCCCCGCCCCCCCCUUAUUUAUUGCCCCUCCCCCCAGCUCGAUGUGGGGGGAGGGGUCGCCACCCCGCGCCGGGGGAGGGGCGGGGCCGCGGGGGGAGGGGGAGGGGCCCCGAGGCUCCGCCCCCCCCGCGCGACCUUUCACCCCUCUCCUCCCCCCCCCAAUAAACGGGAUUGGACGGA